AGCUGCAGGUUGUUUUUUCCAGCUGCAGAUAAAUAACACAUUCAACUGCAUCUGUGUUUCUAAAACUCAAGGUGCUAAGAGCAAGCUAUAAAGAUGAAAAGACCUGCCUCUUCUUCAAUUAGUGACUUUUUCAUAGGUUUGCAUAAACAUGCUUUGCCAUCUGAUCAAACCUCAGCAAUGAGGUCAAAGGUCAACCAUGACUUUAUCUGAUGUAUUUGUUGGGAAGUGUUUUUUUUAUGCUUGUAUGCAUCAGAUUUUACAUCUUUAAUUGACAAACGAAAAGUAAAUUAUAUCCAAAACAAUGUUGGAUGCUAUAUUCAAACCGGGUAGAUAUAACAGUGCAAAAAUACUAAAAAUAGCUAUUGUUCAUAUCUCCAUGAAAAAAGUCAGAGAUAAAACACUAAAGUAUUGGAAUAAUAUAAAAGCUGUGAGGUCAAAAAUAUCCUAAAAAUGCUAAAAUGGUUGUAAAAAUUAAACAUUACAGCUUAACACCACUCAACUCUUGGAGUUAAGUUCAAACCAUUCCAAGAAGCUAAAAAGCCAUAAAAAAAUUAAACUAAAAUGAUUCAUAGUCAACCGAUACACGAGUGAAAUAUGACAAUUCAGGAUAAAAUGAAAUAUGAUUCGGAGUUGAGAAAAGGAAAUUAAGGUUUUGUCUCUUUUACCCCAACAAAACUGGAAAAAACAAACAGGAAAUCUUUAACUUGCUUUCAAAAUAAAAUAACAUCUAAAAGGUUAGGUCACAGAUUAGAGUCAAUGUUGCCGAUGAAUGCAACCACUGUAUGUUUCACUCAGAAUAAAAAUAAAUAAAAAGAAAAAACACCACUUUUUAAAGUUGUUAUAACUAUUCCUUCUUAAAAAUUAUAAUUUGAAGCAGACGCAUUUUAAGCAGAUUUUAUUUUUAAAAGAUUUAACCGGAAGCUCCAUUUUACUUUGUCAAAUAAGCAAGCGAUGCAUCUAAAAUGGGCGGUCUUUAGGCAGUUUUUGACUCGCUGGCUAACUUCAUGUGCCUUUAAAAUAACGAUUAUUACCAAAAAAAAAAAAAAAAAAAAACAACUGAAACUUUGACAUGUUCACUGAAGACUCCUUACUGAUUUUUUCUUAACAGUUUUACUCCUGCUUACAGCGUGAAAAUGAUCCUGAAGGGGCAGAAGCGGAAGCUCCCGCAGGAGGACCUGGAGCUGGCGGACAGCGGCGGGCCGGUGUGGGAGAGCCAGCGGCAGUUCGUCUUCUCCGUGUCGCUGAACAAGUACCAGCGCAGCCAGGAGCUGCCCGAGCCCAGCCUGCGCCGCUCCGUUCUGAUUGCCAACACUUUGCGGCAGAUGAGCCUGGAGGGGUGUCGGGAGCCCCCCGCGGACAUGGAGGUGCCCGAGCCGCCUCCUCCCGCCGGGCUCCUCCACAGGGAGCAGGAGUGCUGUCCACAUACAGCCUCUGCAGUGGACAAAGCUGAAAGCUGCUCCGCGGCUGAUCACGCCAGCUGCAGUUCCAGGGAAUCGAACUUCCCAAUGAGUGUUGAAGAGGACGAAGACUGGGAGUCCGCGGACUCUGACGUCUCGCUCUCCGCCGCCAUUUCCUCCAUCCUGACUGUGCUGGACUCGACCAUCGACGGGAGCUCUCCCACAGCUCCACGGUCGCCUCUCCGGUCUCUGGAGAACCUGUCGGGCUCUUCUGAGGGUGGGGUGGCGUGGGUGAAGCCGGGAGUCAGAGGUCACAGCGUCAGCUACCAGCAGCAGGCGGAGCCAAAGGCGCGGGACGGUGGGCCGGGUGACGUCACCGUGGAGGAUCUGUUUCAGGACAUAGACACCUGCCUGCUGGAGCGGGACAUGGGGGUGCUCGGCCUCGGCGGGGGCCACCCCACCGGGGAAGACCUCCUUCGGUACCUGCCGCCCUUCUCCAACCUGAAAUGUCUCCCAUCGUUCUCCUCCUUCAGCCCGCUCCCCGCCGGUUUCCCUCCUCCUGCAGUACCGUCCUCCAUGUCUGCCCCGGGUCAGAGCAGAGAAGCCUUUGAGCUGGAUAAUCUGAUGGAGAUCCUGGUGGAGUCCUGAAGGAUCCCUGAACUUCCUCCCACCGAGUGACCUUCCAGGAAGUCCGUGGACACACACCCGCUGGUUACCACUUUAGUUUCUACCGGAGGAGGUUGGAGGAGGAGCAGGAGAGCUCGUGAUGGAAGUUCAAACGGUGGGCUGUAAGCAGAGAGACCCUCUAUCUUCCACUGCUAAGCAGUGAUUCAGUAGAUCAUGAGCCAAUCCACAGCAUUUACUAGUUCAAAGCAUGACUCAGCAGAGACUUAAACUACCUACUUCACAGAAGAUUCAUUCAGCGAAGGCGGAGCAGCUUCGUGAAGGAGGUGAACGCUCGUUUUGCCGUGAAUGAAGUUCGGUGCUACGCCAGGAACUCGAUCGCAGACGUGUGAUCUUGCUGGAUCUGGAGGUCAAAGUGUCAAACACUAACAGGUCAGAUCUUCUGUGAAGAAAUCCCUGAAGAUUUAAGGCAGCGGCUUAAAAGGAAGCCUUUAUCUUGAGCCUUUGCAUAUUUAUAAAACGUGGUUGGACCCGUCAUACAGCGGCGAUGCAGAGUUUUCCGAUGGUCUUCUUCCUGCGCUGAUCUUCUCUGGAGCCCAGACUGUUUCCUGAGGAAGACGAGGGUUCUGCUCAGGCAGCCAACGCAGCUCCUCAUCCCUGCCUUCAUCUUCACUUCCUGUUUUUCUCUCUACUCUGAAUUCCUGCACUUUUGUCAAACGUAUUCAUUCUCUGUUUGUUGCAGAAACUUCCGUUCGUUCACACAUUUCAUAUUUAACUCUGCAGUAUUUUUGAAAUGCAUUAUUUUCUAUGAUAAAGUGUAGGAUUCUGUCGGGUUCUGCAUUUCGGUGGUUUCUAUGCAGGUUUGUUUCUCAUGUCUGAGUAUUUAUGUGACUUUUGUUACAGUGAAUAAUUUAAAGUGCCGUUAUGAACAAAAGACUGUUCCUGCACCGCCAUAGCAGUUACUUCCUGUUUGUACUUCAGACUCUUGUUUUUAAUUGAGUUUUAUUGAAAUUGAAGAGCCUUCGUCUUUAGAUUAUGAAAUGUUCGCCUUUCUGGUGUUUUUAACAAAAUAAAUGUAAAAAAAACCUG